AUGGAGGCCUUCAAAUCAUCGCCGUCUUUAAAGACGGAGCCGGAUAAUGAUGAAUAUAGUCAAGGCUCCACGAAAACCCCUAAUCGCCGUCAAUCGCGACCCAGCCUCGAAAAGAACAUGGACGAACGAAUCUCGACCAUACGCGUAGCCAUUAUCGGCGGUGGCCUGGCUGGAGCGGUCCUUGCCCGUGGGCUCCUACGCUACUCCCAUAUAGCAGUGGACUUGUACGAGGCUCGUCCGUCAUGCAGAGAAGAGCGGCCAAGCAUGGAUCUGAGUCCGCUCUCGCAGGUCAUUCUCCAUGCCAUUGACCCAUCCAUGGACGAUUGUCUCGGUCGUGCUGGUGCUGUAUACACGACCUCGGAAGUACGCAUAGCUACGGGGUCCCUCGCCGGGCAACGACUACACGUCAACGACCAAUUCACCAAUGGCAACAGAACUGUAGGGCGCCAGGCCCUCCUUUCCGAAAUCUUGUCUGGCAUUCCCCCGCGCAUGGUUCACCUCAACGCCAAAGUCACUUCCAUCUCCCAGUCAUCGCCGGGUCCCGGCCUUACUCUCGCGUUCUCGGACGGAUCCCAGAAGAAGUAUGAUGUAGUCAUUGGUGCCGACGGGGUCCGCGGCCUGACACGAAACUACAUCGUCGGUCCCGACGACCCAACGCAAACUCCAAAGCCGUCAGGUCUUUGGACUCUUCCUAUCAAGGUGCCCACAGACAAAGCUAGACAAAUGAUUGAGUCCGAGGUGCUGGAUCCGAGAAAUCCACGACAGAUCACAUGGGUCGGAGACGGCACAAUGAUGCAGCACGGUCUCAUGAGCAACGGAAGAGAGGUGCAAGUUACCACGGCUGCAAUCCACCAAGGUUCCACAGAAGAGUCUUCGUCGUGGGUCAAGCUAUUCACACCAAGCGAGUACCAGCAGAUCUUCUCGAGCAGUCAAAGUUUGCCCUGCCAAGGGAUAGUCAAGCUGGUCCAAAGUAUAUACACAAUUUCCAUUGCAGCCUUUUGUCACAUGCAGUACCUACCGACUCGAACCUAUGCUUCCCGCAACGCCUGCCUCAUUGACGGCGCCGCCCACGGCAGCUCCUCGUCCGCCUCUCUCUACUGCCCCUCGAACACCGCCCUGGAGGAGGCGCUGAUCCUGUCGACGCUGCUGGGCCGGACAACGUCGCGCGCACAUGUGGCCGCGGCCCUGCGCGCGUACGACGAGGUCUGCCGGCCGCGGGCCGAGCUGGUGAUGCGCACCUCGGCCGAUAUUGGCAUGUUGCUGAGCGGUUGCGGCCCUGGCGUCGGACUCGACCCCGGUCGGCUGGCCGAGGCGUUGGAGCAGGCCUUUGGCAUGAUUGAGGGCCUGGAUAUCAAGGCUUACUGCAUCAUGGCGAUUGAGAUUAUGGAUCGUUUGUCGCAUGCGAAGUUUCAUUGA